AUGCAGUAUGAGUAUGUACAUUACAAGGAACAAUUUUUUGCAUUGACAACAGAAGCUAUGCUCACAAAUUUGUAUUCACCAUAUGCAUUUCUCCAUCAUGGACAGGUUUAUCACUCUAGUUUCAUUGAUGAUGACGGGAUCACAAAAGCCUGUGGGUGUCCUUUGCUUCCACUCAAAACCCAUAUAAAGGGCCCAGCCCCAGCCUCAGAUUCAGAUAAGGCGGAUAUAGUUGAUGAAGCAAUAACUUUCUUCCCUGCAAAUGUUUUCUUCAAAAACUUCCAUGUCAAAAGCCCAGCAGACAAAUUGCUCAUCUAUCUGACAUCUUACAUCAAUAUUGCCUUGAAAAGACUAGAAACCUGCCGGACGCUGGCUGUCGGAACUAAGGCAAUCAUUAACCUGGGGUUGGAAAAAGUUCCUGUGCCUGGGGAACCAGGAUUUCCUUUCCCUGGACUUUUCACUCUCCCCCAAUCUGGGGAGGAAGCAGAACUGUUGAGGAACUAUCUGAAGCAGAUAAGGGAGGAAACGAGCGGGAGGCUGCUCAACUGCGCAUACAGAGCUAAUGGCACUCCCAACAAAUGGUGGCUGGCUUUUGCGAAGAGGAAGUUCAUGAACGUUGUCAUCCUUUAGAGCGUAAGCACAUCAGCAACAG